CCAUUUUCGUUUCAACAAAUCAGUCACAAUCUCAACAAAAAAAAAAAAAGUUGUAUUUCGAUCUUCAAAAUCCAGCUUCUCAUUACAGCAAAUCAUCAGUUUUCUCAAAUGGGUCUCAUUAACAAUCACAAAUCUUGUCCAGUGACUGAAUCCCACCACUCAACGCAUAUAUUCUUCACCAUAUGCAACUACAUUCUCUUGUGUGCAGCCUCUAGUUGCAUAUUCCUCACUCUUUCUCUCCGUUUAUUCCCUUCCCUCUGCGGCUUCUUUGUCGUUCUCCUCCACAUGUUCACCAUCAUUUCAGCUGUAUCUGGCUGUUCUGUGGCCUUAUCUGGAUCCAACAAAUGGUAUGCAGCUCACAUGAUCAGCACCUCUCUAACAGCAAUAUUUCAAGGAUCAGUUUCGAUCCUUAUCUUUACACAGACUGGUGAUUUCUUGGGGUACUUGAAGUCUUACGUGAGAGAGGAAGAUGGUGCUGUCAUCUUGAAGUUGGCUGGUGGGCUUUGUUUGCUGAUCUUUUGCUUGGAAUGGGUUGUGUUGGUUCUUGCUUUCUUGUUGAGGUACUAUGCUUUUGCAGAAGGAAAUGGGAGUGGCGCUGGUUCUUUUGAUAGAAAUGGAAAAGUUCAAGAAGAGGAGUUGAAAAACUGGCCUUGGCCUUUGCAAUUUUAGAGAUUCGCUUACUUUUAAUUUUUUGUCAAUUUGAUUUGUACUUGUCAUGUUCUUACAGUGGAAGUUUGUUUUUUAAGCAGAAAUUUUUAUUUUUAAAGAAGAAAUACUUCUUUUAUUUGAAAUUAUUUUUUUAUUUUUUAAUAUUUUUAAUUUACUAAUAUUAAAAAUAAAGUUUUAAAAAAUUAAAAAAAUGUAAAUCAGACAUAAACUAUGCUGGGCCAAGUUUAACAAAUCUUCAAUCUAAUUAAAGGCAAUCAUGCUUCGGGCUUCUGAUAAACCAGCACCAAUAAGAGGAGGCCUAAUAACAGAUUCGCAGCCCAUAGCCCAUCUCGAUCUUAUAACUGGCCCAUAUACCAUUACAUGCCGUGCUAGUCGGUAUUCUGUAGCCACCACUUGUUGUCGUCAGCAAUUCUCAAGAACCCAAGAAAUCAUAAAAGGACAAAAAGAAGUCACAGUUCUUAGGGUUUAUUAAAGGGUUUUGAGCUUCCACUGAAAGAACUCCACGAUUUCAGUAUAACACAUUUUCUGCUACAAGUUUCGGUUACAAGAUGGCUGGAUUCAGUAGCCUUGCACCUAAGACCAAGAAUCUGGUAGUUGCUGGAGGCUUGUCAGCAUUUGUUUUUGGGGUUUAUUUCUACACCAUGAGAGCUGUUGGAGGGACAGACGAACUUCAGACUGCUAUUGAUAAGUUUGAACAGCAGAAAAGCAAGGAAGAGUCUGAGGCAACCAUCCCAUCUAAGGCUUGACCAUAUGAUGCUUGGUGUAAUAAUGUGAUCAGAAGCAAGAGAUUGGUUAAUUUGUGAAUGUGCUGUUUCUACUUUUGAUUUUGCACUUUUACUGUACUUGAUAGGCAUUAGAGUCUGAGGCAGCCAUCCCAUCUAAGGGUUGACCAUAUGAUCCUUGGUGUAAUAAUAUGAUCAGAAACAAGAGAAUGGUUAAUUUGUGAA